GUGUUAGCAGCUCGGUUUCAACAGGACUGGGAAUGUCACUCUCCGCAUUAAAAUAUAAAUUAUUUACAGUACAGUACAGGAAGACAGCAAGUAUUGGUCACCUACAAUUAAGGUUUUGAGUACCGUAUUGAAUUAAAGUGAGUCGCUCUGACGACUCUUGUGUGCGCGAAAAUUCACUUUCGCUACGGUUGUGACAAUGUGAAAACGAAACUUGAUUAAUGUUUUUCUAUUUCUAUUGCAAACUUCUUGGCGAUGUUUAGACUAAGGGAAUUUUUUAAUCGCACUAUUUAUUCAAGUGGAAUGAGCCUGACGUUAACCCCGUACCCCACGACGAGAAUCAAAGCCAUCCUAAAGUCUCUUCGCCUACCGGUACUUCGGUAUUUGUUGCGAGGAUAUAGAUCUCGGACAGCUUUGUGUACCUCGUGCUACGCGGAUUCCGCAUCAUCCUCGGAGCUGAGACUUGGCCACGUACUCAUUAGGAGUUUUAGGGAAGGGAAAUCAAUCUUUCAAGAACGGCGAUAUUCCAAGAUGUCCGACACGGAUGACGUCGAGGUUAUAUUUGAUUCAAAAAAUAAAGCGAAGAAAUGCAAGGAGCCGCUAAGCCCAGAGGUUGGUGUAGGAUCCCUUGAAGAACGAGAGAAAUCCAAAGAUGGGGCGCAGAGCAGCGAAGCAGAGCACCAGCAGGGCCUGCACGGAUCUGUGUUAGCUCUAAAUGGAGUGGAAUAUAUUGAUAGAAUUCGCCUCUUAGCCAACGCGAAUCCUGAAGAGUUCUGGAAAAUCGUUGAUGAGAAGGCGAUGGAAUGCUCGAAGAGGGUGUAUUGCGAACGUGCCUGGGAGGAGCCGGAAUGGAAGUCUCAUGCGAUCUGUUCAGCUCACGAACGUGGAAGGGCCUUCGAAUUCAGCGUAAUGACCUACAACAUCCUUGCUCAGCAUUACGUCAUCGAAAUACCACAUCUGUAUCGUGGCUGUUCAUCCGUUGCGUUGUGUUGGCCCGCAAGGAGACGAAAUCUUCUACGGGAAAUCGUGAUGAAUGGCUGCGAUGACUCCUUCUUCAUUGCAACGACUCAUUUGUUGUACAAUCCUCGGCGACACGAUGUUAGAUUGGCUCAGAUGGCUAUUUUACUUGCUGAGCUGGAUCGUCUCACAUUCGUUGGUCAAGAUCCGUCCUAUGGGAAUAAGCCAAGGUACAAACCCGUGAUCCUGUGUGGCGAUUUCAAUUUCGGACCCGUGUGUCCCGAGUACGAAUUCGUCACUCGCGGAUAUUUUGAAUUCCAAUCGAAGUUCGCUGGUUCUCUAAAUACCACUGAUCAGUGGGGACAGGAAUUGCGAGACGAAAUGCUACCGCUUUCUGUUGGUAUCACAGAUACUUGUCAACAUGUUCAUGUUGCACUGGAGCGCCUCAGGUUCAAAGGGAUAAAUGAUCACGAAAUUCAUGAUUACUUCUCCAGCAUAGGGGCAUCCGUUCGAUUUCCUCCAGAAAAACCUCGUCUCGCAAUUAACGAGAGAUUCUGGAUGAACAAGUGCGUCCCUCUGGAAGAUCAGAACAUGAAGUGGCGUGACAACAUGAGUGAAAGAGAACAUGGUGAACCCUGCAGGGUGCCAAAAUUUGUCUCCGAUCGUGAUAAAUCUGUGAGAUUUCCCAAUCUUUUCCGGUCGGGAACAUUAACCCACGACCUCGAGUUUCAAUCUGUGUAUCGCCACACGAUGACCGAUGACGAUUCUACAUUCCAUGCGUCUACUUUUCAAGAAAGAUGGAUUACCGUUGACCACAUAUUUUACACCACCCCUUUCCAUCCGAAAGUUGGAAAACGAGUGGAGAACCGUUUGCGACUCUUUUCACGGCAGCGCAUGCUUCAAGCCGAUCAUUGCGAACUUGUGGGGCGAAUUCCAACUUUAGGUGUACCGUCGGAUCAUUACCCCUUAGCAGCCCGAUUUUUGUUGUACAGUACGUGAUUCAUGUGACCAUGGUGUAGACUGCGUUUUUAAUCAGCUAGAAGAGAGCGCCUCAAGUGCCUGUCUAAUGCGGUAAUUUAUUACCCUUUGCUACGUAAAUGCAAAAGUUAUGAAAAACAA